AAAAUAAUGUAUGACACCAGUAGGUGCUGGCAGUUUUAAUGUGAAACACUGAGAUCAUCAAAAAUACACAGUAUGAAAAAAGCUUCAAAUAUUACAAAGACACGGCUCAGCCUUGCAUGGCAACAUGGACUCUCAAUUGUAAAAAAAAAAUCAAGAUGUCCAAUUUUGGUGGUUUUAGGUGUUUAAUUUCAGCCAAUGUUGAAACACAUAAAUUAAAUUAAUAAUUAAUUAAUAAAUUUAGCCCCUGUGUAGAAUUUGAAAAUGUGCAAAUGUGGUGCAAAGUAGUGAUGAAUUUAAUUCAUUAAAAAUGUCUCAGCUUAGCAGGAUGUGGGUAUCACAUAACAAUAAUACAAAAGUUUUGUGUUUGUUUAAACAUUAUUCGCUGAUUAACAUGCUAGAAAAUUAGAGCCGGUUUUUGCACCAGCUAACAGUAAAUUCAAACCUAGUCUAGUUGCAACAUAAAUGUUUACUAAAUUAAAAAGGGUUAAAACUAGUUCUUAUGUAGAUAGUAGUUAUUAUUUAAUAUGUUUACCUAGUUGUUGCCAAAUGUUUCGUAGUUAACGGAGUCAACUGACAAUAUUUACGUUAGCUUGCUAAUGUACUGCAUGACCCAUUUAGAGUGAAGUGUAAAAGAGGUAGCUAAUCUGUAAUAUGGUCACUUGCUAAAAUACUAUUUAUAAUGAUGUAAACUGGGAAGAUUUUUAAUUGUAUUUCACAAAAUAACAACAUAUGUCAAAUUAGAAAACCAGAAGCGUUACACUAGAUGAUGUAAUAAUAUCACCUACAUUAGCUAAAUUAGCUUUUGACUGGACAGCACGAUGUUUCCUAACAACAGAAUUACAUGUUACUAAACCGUUUAUACUAGCUUAGAAGUUUUAAUGGUGCAAUCAGAUUUAGUAAGUCAGCUAGCUAGUUGAAACUAGCUAGUCGUUAUUAAGAAAUUAGGAGGGACUUUAAACUCAAACUUAGUGAUGUAUUUAUAGAUUAAGAUUAACUGUUCCCACAGUGUGUUUAGCAUCCUUUAAAUGAACACUCACUUGUUUGAGAACAGAGUUCUUGAUAUGCUAAAUGUAGCAUUUAGGAACAAGGCGACUGUGAGUAGGGACAGCUCCAUGGAGCACAGCCUGAAAGUGACAGAGGCCAAAAUAACAGGAUGUUUACAGCCUGCGGAAACAAUGCCAGGGACGACCACGAGCAGGCAGCAACAUGCAGCAUGUGGCUGGAAACACAAGCGAAGAGGAAACACAGCGGUCACAUAUUGUACCAGGCUGCAACAUCGACCACAACAGAGUCUCCAUCAUCAUGGCUAUCACUGACUUUCUAGCAGCGUCGGACAUUACCUCAGCUAUUAAUGCUUGUAAAGCAAAGGAUUCAUUUAGCCCAAAGAUGUUUUUCAAAACAGUGGGUUUAUCCAAGAAAACUCCAACAGAGAUCGAGAGGGUCUUCAAAAUUUUGGAUCAGGACAAAAGCGGCUACAUAGAACAGGAUGAGUUACAGCUGUUCCUGCAGAACUUCUCCAAAGGAGCGAGGCCUCUGACUGCAGCUGAGACCAGAGCUUUCCUGCUGGAGGGAGACUCAGAUGGUGAUGGGAAGAUCGGUUGGGAAGGUAGGCAGAGUUUUCUGCGAUGGUCAAGUCUUCAUAAGGCCGGCAUGACCCCCAGAUGAUUUGUUGUAUGAUGACCUCGUUUUAUAAUGUUGAUUAGCUACAGUAAAUAAUUUAACUUAAGAUCUUAUGUGUUUAGAGUAGUAAAUUAUGUUGUAGUUCAAUGAAAAAUAAAAUGUUAUAUUUAAUUAAAAUAAACAUUUCCUGUCUGUUGUGUGUCUUUCUC